AGUAAACCCCCAACUUUUCUCUCUCUCCAAAAUCCAAAUACAUACACAGAUAAUUAAUACGUAUAGCGUUAGUAGAUAUGGCGACGAGCAUGUUACCGUUACGUCCACCAAUAGUGACCGCCCGUGCAGGCUCCGGCAACCGGAAGACUGACGCAAGCAGUAGGAAAAGCAGUAGCUCCUCUAACUGGUGGUCUCCGCUCUUCGGAUUGUCCGGCGAACCAGACUACCUGAGGACCGUUGAGAGCAAAACAGAUCCGGAUCCGGAUCCGAAACAGGCGAGAACGCGGUUCUCUCCCGGCGCUUUCACAGAGGAGAAAGCGAAGCAGCUCCGGCGUCUCACGACGGAGACUUCGUCGUUUCAUGACGUCAUGUACCACUCCGCGAUCGCUUCGCGGCUCGCUUCCGAUUUCACCGACAUAUCCACUCCCGGUACCGAUCCACCUUGUUGAUGUUUGAACUUUUUUUCCCCCUUUUAUAAUGUAAACUUGUAUGUUUAGAUAGUUUCCACGUGACGUCCAUCGUAUAAGCAUGAACUUUUUAAAUUGUGCUUAUGUAAUAAAUAUACGUUAUGGCGUGAGAAACUGUAUUCUGUUUCUAAAAAUAUUUGGGCUGGAAUAUACUCCGUAUUAUAUUUAGGAAAUUGAUCCUCAA